ACUAUGCCUCAAACCACCCGGAAAAAGGGCAACGCGACGAAGAAACAGGAGUCUGAAGCCUCCGCCACGGACUAUGAAUUCGAAGAGGAAGCGGAGCUAGACAGUGACCACUUGGACUUUGACGACCGUGACGCGUCGAUCAAGCCCAAAAAGCGCAAGCGUACCGCUCAAGCGAAGGGCAAGACGGGGACAAGUGCAUCACCCGGCAAACGGAGGAAGACCAAAGGAAGCCGUGGCGAUGACUCGGAGGAGAGCGACUCUGAUGAUACUCAGGAGGUUGUAGGACUUGUUGUUCAAGCGCCUAAGACUGGCAGGGGCUCGUUUCCACCCGGCCAAAUUUCCCAAAACACGCUCUCCUUCCUCAGUCAGCUUGCAAAGCCCGAGUGCAAUGAUCGUGAAUGGUUCAAGCUUCACGAACCCGUAUACCGGCUCGCUGAAGCAGAAUGGAAGGCAUUUGUUGAGGAGUUUACGAACGUCUUGAUUGAGGUGGACCCUCACAUUCCCGUCCUUCCGCCCAAAGACGUCAUUCAUAGAAUAUAUCGCGAUGUCCGCUUCAGCAAUGAUAAAACGCCGUACAAGAAAGGAUUUUCAGCUUCCUUCUCCCGCAGCGGUCGGAAAGGGAUCUUUGCUGGUUUUCAACCCGGUGGCGAGACUCUAAUUGCAGCCGGGACGUGGUGUCCUGGCAAGAACGAACUUGCCACUAUUCGGAGCCACAUACAGCGGUCUCCGAAGCGCCUACGUCGGGUGAUAUCCGACCCAGAAUUCGUGCAGUACUUCGGGGAACCCAAGCCACACCCUCAGGGAGAAAGGCGCAACAUUUUCGGCAUGGACGACGAACUCAAAGUGGCACCGAAAGGUAUCGCCAAGGAUCAUCCGGAUAUUGACCUGCUCAAAUGCCGCUCUUUCGCGGUGAUCCAUAAGUUUCUCGAUAGCGAAGUGCUUGCCCCAGACUUCAAGACACGACUUGCCAAGGUAGCCAAGGUUAUGCAACCAUUCGUCCAUCUACUGAACGAUAUGAUGACACUGCCCACGGACGAUGACGAUACCGAUGACGACAAUAGCGAAGGAGACGAUGCCGCCGAGGAUGAUGCAGGCACCGAGGACGCGUAG